AAAAACGCGGGAAAAUUAUUAGGGCACUCAUUUGCAUUUGCUGUUGUACAGAUUGCCCCCUCUCAACUGCCUUCUUUCUCAUCUCCUCACAUUUCUAGAAUGGAGUUCAAUGACAUCGAGGAAGAGGAAUUCGGGUUCUCAAGAAACUACUUUUUAGCAAAGGAGUUGCGCGGUUCCGGCAAAAAAUCGGCGCGCAAGCUCUCCGAGAUCAAUCUCGUUGAUGAACAGGAGCUAAGAGAAGCGUAUGCUAACAUUGAGCCAAAGCACGAGAAAGAAAUCAAUGAUUUGUUAAAUAGUUAUAAGAGUUCAUACUCGGAAUGGGUCUUUGUGUUGAGGUGUGGUUUUGGGCUAUUGAUGUAUGGGUUUGGGUCAAAGAAGGCAUUGAUGGAAGACUUUGCAUCAACCGCGUUGACUGAUUAUUCUGUUGUUGUGAUCAAUGGGUAUCUUCAAUCUGUCAAUCUUAAACAGGUUGCAGUUACUUUAGCCGAACUCCUUUGGGAUCAAUUGAAAACACAGCGGAAAAGUACCUUGGAAAAUCUUCCUAAAAACCAGCAACCCUUUCAUACCCGAUCUAUGGAUGAUCUGAUCUCAUUUCUUGAUGGGCCACAUUUGGAGGAUGAUGAAUGUUUUGUUUGUGUCUUAGUUAACAAUAUUGAUGGGCCUGGACUACGUGAUUCUGAGACUCAACAAUAUCUUGCCAGACUCGCAGCUUGCUCCCAUAUACGCAUGGUAGCUUCCAUUGAUCAUGUGAAUGCUCCUCUCUUAUGGGACAAGAAGAUGGUUCACACUCAGUUCAAUUGGUACUGGUACCAUGUUCCUACCUAUGCACCCUACAAGGUUGAAGGAAUGUUCUUUCCUCUGAUACUCGCUCACACUGGCAGUGCACAAACCGUGAAGACAGCUUCGAUAGUUUUACAGAGUUUGACGCCAAAUGCUCAGAGUGUUUUCAAAGUGCUUGCAGAUCAUCAGCUAGCCCAUCCCAAUGAAGAAGGGAUGCCGUUUAACAACUUGUACACAAUCUGCCGAGAACGGUUUCUAGUUAGCAGCCAGAUCACUCUAAAUGCUCAUCUCACAGAAUUUAAAGACCACGAGUUGGUCAAGACCAGAAGAAACUCGGACGGUGAAGAUUGCUUAUACAUUCCUCUCGCCACUGAAGCACUUGAGAAACUUGUCCAAGAGAUCAGCCAAUAGAGGUUCCCUUCCGUUCAUCAUUCAUAGUAAAUUGUAAAAAAGGGUUCGUCCCAAGUUAAGUUACACUUUAUGUUCUUGUCUUAAACCAUGUUUGUCUUGUACUGAGUGCAUGUGCUUCCAAUCAGUCUAACCUACUCCAUUCCCCCAA